AUGCCUCCCAGAUUACGAACCCCGUCCGCGUCGCUGGCGACCGACGCGUUCGCCUGCGCACCGUGUGCCCGCGCCCCCUUUGCCCGAUCCUUCACGACGACGCCGUGCCGCGAAAAGAUGAGCCGGGCGCGGCAACAAAUGUACCAGUGGAUCAACUCCCGCGACGGCAGGGAGCUGGCCGAGGGUGGCCGCGGGCCGCGGUACCUGGGGCCGUUCGCCGACCAGCCGUUCCCGCAGAACCCCCUGUUCCGCAGCCAGCCGGUGCUGGACGAGCAGACGCGCGAGCUCAUCUGGGAGAAGGUGACGCAGCGCGGCGAGGCGCUCAAGGCGGUCUCGGCGGAGAUGGGCGUCGACGUGAGGAGAGUGGCUGCCGUGGUUCGGUUGAAGGAGGUGGAGAAGCAAUGGGUCAAAGACGGCAACAAGCUGGCGACGCCAUACGCCAAGGCUGUCAUGAGCAUGCUUCCCAAGACGUCAUACCGCGAGGGCGAGCAAAACACGCCGCACGAGCCCGUCAACGAGGUGCACGUGCACAAGCUCACGAUGCAGCAGCUCUUCGUGCCGGUGUCGGAGUCGCGGCGCUUCACGCGCGAGGACGCGGCCAAGGCCUUCCACGAGACGAUGCUGUCGGCGGACAAGCGGUCGCCGCAGCCGGAGCUCAUCAAGAUGGAGCGCGAGAUCCUCGAGGGCAAGCGCAGCCGCGAGGAGGGCAUGGAGCGGUUCAAGGAGGCGACGCAGCGCGAGGAAGACGCGGUCGCGCGGCGCAUCGUGAAGCAGCAGGAGGAGGAGGAGCGGCGGACAACGCGGGUGCACACGGACCGGUACGAGUUCCGGUUCAAGGAGGUGAGCGUCAACGACGCAGGCCGGGACGGGCGGUCGCGCAAGGGCACGGGAUGGCGGUACGGAGCGCCGUUCGACGACCGGAAGAGGGGCGUGGUCAAGAUUCCGACGUCGGUGCCGUGA